UUCAGAUACCACAAAAAAGAUAAAGAAGUGGACGAUGAUAACCCUCUGGAAAAGGCACAUUAUCAGUACACUGUCCAACGGGGAGUAAAAUGGCACGGGAAAGCUGGAAAAACGUGGACUUCACUCAGGAAUUCACUAACAUUAAAAGACGUGGAGAAACUCUUGGAGUCGAUCGAAGUCUCUCUGGUUUACUCCGAGUGGCGAGAUGCCCAAAGCUUCAUGAUGAUCUUCUCUGAUGGAUCUGUUGUGGUAUUGGAAGUAGGAUUAAGUUCGGGUGACGUCACGGGCUUGAGGCAUCUCAAGUUGAAGACUCCGGGCACCAUUUGCUCUGUGGGAGGUAAAGGAAAGACUCUUUUUCUUUGCGGACGACCUCGUUGGCUCGCCGUCAUGCCGUCCCCGCUCGCAACGAACCCGAGCACGGAACCCGAACCAUUCCCGACGUCCAGCAGCCCGCAAACCUUCGGCUCGACCACGACUCUUCGCCGGAGCAAGUUGUCCCUGGUGGAGAGUUUCUCUCUGGGUGGUGACGUGUACGAAAUCCCGGGACGCGGUGCAGAAAGCGAGGGCAACGAGGUCUACCUGGAUGACCCGGUUUUCCCGACUGCCGUGUUGGUGUGCUGGAAAGGGAUCGAGGGGUGUGACGGUGCUGCACCCUGGCAUCCCACGUCGUCCAAGAUUCUGGACUCGGCCAAUGUCCUGCUGUACACUUGUGAUUCGGAACAUCGCCUGCCGAUUUAUAGUUUGAAGUGGACUCCCGUGCCAAAAUGUAAAUCUCUUUUCAAACAUCCCUCUCCGGACACAACUGGAUUGUUGGUACAAACGUUGAGAGGGCCUUUCUGUUUUCUGCUUUUCACUGGGACGGGUUUUCCGUCACCCUGGGGAUUGCCUUCAUUGACGUCGAUGUACCUGAAAUUCGAACUGGUCUCGUGUGCUGUUUCGCUGCUUUCUGCUGUCGGUUGGAACGGCGACGGGACUGAGGCCAUGGCUGCGUUGUCAUUUAUUUGCAACAAGCUUAUGAAAGCUAGUCUCACAUCGGAGAACCUCAUGACGAUUCAGGCUGCGUUGGGAACGUUCCAUGCGUCCAAGAAGCCAUUGUCGAGUGCAGUGAUGGCGAGACAUGGAGGUUUCGUUCGAAAUUUGACCCGUCGGUUCUUCUUGCUACUGCUCAAGUGA